GGCCAUGGCCCACAUACACUGAACGGACAGGACAGACAUUGCCCCAGCUGCGGGAGGUUGAGGCACAGUCGCAUGGGCCAUGGGCAGUUUCCAGCUGGAAGACUUUGCAGCGGGCUGGAUCGGAGGUGCGGCCAGUGUCAUUGUUGGCUACCCUCUGGAUACAGUCAAGACUCGCCUGCAGGCUGGUGUUGGCUAUAGAAACACAUUCAACUGCAUCCGCCUGGUGUACAUGAGGGAGAGUGUGUCCGGCUUCUUCAAGGGCAUGUCCUUUCCCCUGGCCAGCAUUGCUGUCUACAACUCAGUGGUCUUUGGGGUCUUCAGCAACACCGAACGGUUCCUCAGCCGGAACCGCUAUGUGGAGCCUGGGGCCGGCCCUGGCCGAAGUCUGUCUGACCUACUCCUGGCUAGCAUGGCGGCUGGUAUGGUCUCCGUUGGGCUGGGCGGGCCUGUGGACCUCAUCAAGAUCCGACUGCAGAUGCAAACACAGCCGUUUCUGGAAGCCAAUAGAGGAUUGAAGCCCAAGCCAGCGGCCCUCGGGGGACAGGCGGCAUACCACGGACCAAUACACUGCAUUGCAACCAUUGUGCGGACUGAAGGCCUGGCAGGGCUGUACCGGGGAGCCAGUGCCAUGCUGCUGAGGGACACACCAGGGUAUUGCCUCUACUUUAUUCCCUAUGUGUUCCUGAGCGAAAGGAUCACGCCUGAGGCCUGCACAGGGCCCAGCCCCUACGCUGUGUGGCUGGCAGGUGGCAUUGCAGGGGCGAUUUCCUGGGGGACAGCCACCCCCAUGGAUGUGGUGAAAAGCAGACUGCAAGCUGAUGGCGUCUAUGUGAACAAAUACAACGGAGUCCUGGACUGCAUCUCCCAGAGUUACCGGCAAGAAGGCUUGAGGGUGUUUUUCAGGGGCCUCACUGUGAAUGCUGUGCGUGGCUUCCCCACGAGCGCAGCCAUGUUCCUCGGUUAUGAGCUCUCCCUGAAGGCACUCCGCGGCGACCACACUGUGACAAGUCCAUGAGUGUCGGGAAAAUGUAGAAACCACAGAAAGAACAAAAUAAGAAUCCCAGCAGUCACCAUAAGACCUCAAACCAAGAGCCAACUCUGCACGGAGCAGCUGCCUUCCUGCCUAAUGGCCAGACACAUCCCCCACGGCUAAACCUAACUACAAGAUGGCUUCAGUACCGAGACCUCAGAUCUGAGUGGCUGGGCACUUGCCCUAGUUGUCACACCAUGCCACUCUUUGCCACCCUGAGGACUGUCUCUUUAGGGGGGCCGGAGGAAGUUUCUAGAGAGCCAAGUCAGGACUGUCCUGGAUUUGGCAUUUGAGGGCAGUGAUGGCCAAGCCAGCUGGAAGCUUUUCGUUCUGAAUGUCCUUUCCCUUGCAAAGGGCUUGGUAACCCAUCUCCUUAGAAAAGCCCCCAAGGGUGACGUGGGGUUGGGGACUGGGAAGAGCAGGUCCCCUUGAACGGGAAAGGGUGAUCCUAGCAGUU